GAGAAAGGCUCGGAGGACAGAAGAAAAGAGAGAGAGAGAGAGAGAGAGAGAGAGAGAGAGAGUGCAGAGUUUGGCCCUAUUACGGGGGAAGGUGAUGGAUUUUCAGAGCGCGAUGGAGACCUUCGCCGAAGCCUGGGUGGCUGCCAACACGAAAAACGAUCAGGUUCAGAGCCAGGCCCUGGCGCUGACCCACAAGGCCUCACCGCCCUCGCGGCCCAACAGCAGCGAGCCUUCGCUAUCCAGGAGUCCCCCAUCCGGACAACAGCCACAGCAACAACAGCAACAGCAACAGCAACAACAGCAGCAACAACAGCAGCAGCAACAGCAGCAGCAACAGCAGCAGCAGCAGCAGCAGCAGCAGCAGCAGCGGGAGACACAGGCCCUGGCCCGGGCGCACCAGCCGAGUCCGACUCCGAUCGGUGCCCACCAGGUCCAGACGCCGGCCACUGUAGCCCAACCCUACGCCGCUCACAAUCAGCACCUCAAGCAGGAACUCGACCCCAGCCCCAAGCAAGAGGGCUUCGAUCUCAGCAAGACCGCCACUGCCAGCGGUAAGAGUCUUCCAGUCCAUUGCGUCGUCGAGGCGAUUCACAGCAUCGUGGAGACGCGAUCGAGCAGCGCCCGAGAAAACUGGCGGCGACCGCACAUAGAAAUGGACACUUACGUCUUCAUCCCGGCAAAUAUGCCCUUUCAGGAUCUGGUUGGCGAGGCUCUGAUGCGCCUGAGCUACUCGAACGACCUGAUUUUGAGCGCGCGGGGCUGCAUCGUGAUCAGAAACUGGAAGCCUCUGCCGACGGAUAAGGUCGCGGACGGGCCGCUGCUCACCGUCGGCGACAUACUCGCUGAGCUCAUCAAUCUCGCGACCCUCAAGAUCCAGGUGUACAGGUCGAGGCCACCACCGCCCACGCCCGCCGCCGAGGUCCGCGACAAAUUGCUGAGGCUACUACUGCUGCGCAGCCACGCGGUUCUCAUCGCAGCUGGAUGUCCCCUCGACGAGCCGACUCUCUCCUCACUCUGUCGCGGCGGCAACGACCUCACCGAGGAGACCCAACGCAACUUCGAGUCCUGGCUGCAGCAGCAGCACCUCGGCCUCGGCCUCAAUCCUCUGCUGCAGCCGAGCGCUAACCACCACCAUCACCACCAUCACCACCAGCAUCGAAGCCAGUCGCCCCAGGCGUCGGAGGCGAGCUCGCUCCCGGGAGGCGUCUCUACCUCAGCCCUCGGCCACCACCACCCAGGCCACCAUCCGGGGCUGCUGCCCUUCUCGCACAAGUCGCGCAUGCGCACGAGCUUCGAUCCGGAGCUCGAGCUGCCGCGGCUCCAGCGCUGGUUCGGCGAGAAUCAGCAUCCAACGCGCCAGCAGAUCCAGCACUACGUAAACGAGCUAAACGGCCUCGAGUCGAGGCGCGACCGCAAGCCCCUGCACGUCAACAACGUCGUCUACUGGUUCAAGAACGCGAGGGCCGCCCAGAAGAGGGCCGAGACCAGGGGCGUCAACGGCUACAGUCCCCCGGGUCUCAGUCCACGGGGCGCCAGUAACGUCAGCGAGGACUGCAGCGACGAGGAGGACGACUCCAGGCUCCAGUCGACGUCGCCGUCGCCGUGUCCGGCUGCUAGUCCACCGAUCGGUCCGCUCUCACUGACGACUCGUCCGGAGGAUCAACAGCAGCAGCAACAGCAGCAGCAGCAGCAGCAGCAGCAGCAACAGCAGCAACAGCAACAGCAACAACAGCAGCAACAGCAGCAACAGCAACAACAGCAUCAGCAGCAACAGCCGCCGUCGUCGGGUUCGUUGAAGCAGGAGGAGCUAGGCCGCGCCGUGUCCUCGGGCUCGGACGACGACGAGACGAGCCCGACGGGGCCACUGCCCGGCUUCUCCCUCGUACCCAGCCCCAUGUUCAGUCACAGCGUCAUGUACAUGUCGCACUACCUGUCGCCCCGCGGGCCCGCCGGCUGUCCCACCAGUAUGCUCGACGAAAGGAGAAAGCGCAACAGGACCUUCAUCGACCCGGUCACCGAGGUGCCCAGGCUCGAGACCUGGUUCACGCAUAACACCCAUCCCAGCCACGCGCUCAUCCUGAAGUACACGGAGGAGCUGAAUCGUAUGCCCUACCGGCAGAAGUUCCCCCGGCUCGAGCCCAAGAACGUGCAGUUCUGGUUCAAGAACCGCAGGGCCAAGUGCAAGCGCCUCAAGAUGGCCCUCUUCGACGGGGAGUCGCCCCAGGCCCAUCCGUAUCACGCGGAGUAGCGGCCACGGCGGCGUCGGAGCCCACGCGGGGCUCCUCGGUUCCCGACCCUCCGCACGGGCUCGACGAACGAAAUACUCAAUUGCGCGUAGAGUUGGCGGGCGGACGCGCACCGAGCGCUCGGCCUCGGCCGCCCAGCCAUUGCCCAGGAAAGGUAUAUAACCUUCGUUGUAACUACGAGGAUUAAUUCGUACACAACUAAUAUUAUUGUCACAUUAUAUGUAAAUA